UAUGGCUAUGGCUAUAUAUUAAUUGUUCGAAUUAAUUCAUAAUGCCGUCAAUGCAAAUGGAGGAGGAAGACGAACAAGAACAAGGGUUCUUUAGUAAUUUCAGAUUUCAGUGCAAUGCAAAUGGAAUUGAAACUGUCAGCUCUAAUAUAGAUACGUUCAACCCGAAAUAUUCUGACUUGGAGAUUCUCGCCGCUGGAGAUGUAAUAGCUAAAUCUUCCAUUAUUAGCCUCAAGAAUCGCCUCAACUCCUCUUCCUUAGGACUAUUUUCUCGUUUCUCCGAGGCUGUCCAAACCGAAAAUGGAGUUGCCAAAAUCGAGACUUCCGGAAGCCUCGAUACAUCAUUUUUCGCUUCAGGAUUGCCCGCAUUCAAUUCUUGGGACGAUUCCUCGCACUUUGGAGGGAGUUUCCACACGAUCAAGCACGAACCGGAUAGCGAUCAUAAGCUUUUCGCCACAUUACAAGAUGGGCGGGCAGGGGAUAUAUGGAGCUGCGGUUCUUUGUCACACCACUUGAGCUUAUCAAAGACAACAUCGGAUGCGCUUACGAUGGAGAAGUUAUUACAGCUACAGGACAAGGUUCCUUGUAAGAUCCGCGCUAAGCGCGGCUACGCCACUCAUCCUCGGAGCAUUGCCGAAAGGGUUAGAAGGACUAGAAUAAGUGAAAGGAUGAGGAAAUUGCAAGAACUUGUUCCAAAUAUGGAUAAGCAAACCAAUACAGCAGACAUGUUAGAUUUGGCUGUGGAGCAUAUAAGAAGCCUCCAGAAUCAGUACAAGGCAUUGAGCAAUGAUCGAGAAAAUUGCAAGUGUUCGGCUUCUCAUCCGCCGUAAGUUAGAAGAAUCAAGCAGCUUAUGAGAAGAUUUUUAUUUUUAAUUUCAAAAAAAAUAAUAAUAAUAAUAAAAUUCAUGAAUGUGUUUGGUAUAAUGUUAAGUUGUGGGAACACAAUGGAUUGAGUAGUAAAUAAAAAAUAAAUAAAAACUAUAUAUAUAUAUAUAUAUAUAUAAGAAAAUUAAAAAGAAAGCAUAUGUUGUCACCUUGUCAAUAAUAUUGUUAAAUUAUAU